AUGCCCAUGAAGGGCGUGCAUCGAUUCGGAGUUUCGGGGCAGCGUGGUCCCCGUUACAUUGGACCCUUUGUCAUUUUGGAGCAAGUUGGGGCUUUGUCAUAUAAAUGGGUUUUGCCACCUCAGUUAUCCGGCAUUCACAACGCUUUUCGUAUGUUUAUGUUGAGGAAGUAUGUGCCGGAUCCCCAACUUAGCAGUGCUUAUCAAACAAUUGAGGUUAGGGAAGAUGUUUCAUACGAAGAGAUGCCAGGUAGUAUUUUGGAGCAGAAAGAGAAAGUUCUAAGGAACUGGCAAAUUCCAUUUGUAAAGCUCCAGUGGCAACAUCAUUCUCCAGGCAAGGCUACUUGGGAGCAUGAGGAUGAGAUGAGGCAUCUAUUUUCCCCCAGCUUUUUGAUUGACCAAGAAUAA